UAAAUUACUUUAAAAUUAUGCCAGAAUUAUUUCCAAUUUAACAAGACAAAAAGAAAAUGAAAAUUUAAAGAGGAGGGAGGACAACGUUAAAAAAUGAGAAGAAAGAAAAGAGGUCAGAUGGCAAAUGUUAUGAAAAUAAUAAGGCAAACCGAGAACUUAAGGCAAAGAAAGGUGAAAAUAGAAGCUGUGUGACAGAGGGUAUGGGUAAGAACAGGAUACAAGGACAUUUCUAAGUUCUUGAAAUAUACACUAGGAAUACAUUUUAUUACUUAAAUACAGUAUCCUUUAAACCUCAGUUUUGGCAAUAUUAUUUUUAACAAAAGGUUUCUGUAAUCUAAAUACAUCAGAAGCGCAAAUUUUAAGUAUGCAUCUUGUUUUGUCUCUGUAAGUGAAUUUGAAUUUCCGCGUUUUUCCACCCAAAUGGCGGAUUUUUCGGGGAUCAACUGGGAGCCUUUAUGUAGUUCCGUAAAAAGCGUACCCAGAGAGUAUUUUACCGAGAGUGAGGGUACCAUUGACAACUUGAAGCGGAUUUUGCCGCCGGCUUCGAGAGCGUGGUGGUGCCCUGCUUGUGAGGAGGCACGCAUUUCCUUCCACCGUGAAUCGUAGACAAUCAGCCUUGGGUGAUCUGUGCUGUGCAGUUCAUGCUGGGUAGCUUAACAAGGCAGUCUCAGUUUAUCAUUCAUCUCCGUGUGUACAAGAGUCAGUUACGAUCUGAUUUGACAGCAAUUCAAUCAGAAAGUUGAAACCCAUUGCAAACAUGUUAUACAAAACUAGUAUAGAGCAAAGUCUUAUAUUGUCUGGAGAGAAAGAUCGUUUCAAGGAGUUACUACGCACAAGACUUACAGAAUGUGGAUGGCGUGAUCAAAUACAAAUGUUGUGUCGUCAGAUUGUUAAAGAAAGAGGAGUUCAGAACAUUACAGCAGAUGAACUUAUUGGUGAAGUAACUGCGAAAGGAAGAGCACUGGUGCCAGAUGCUGUGAAAAAGGAAUUGCUCCAAAAAAUCAAAGCUCAUUUCUCCCAGGACAUGUAAAAUGGCCAUUUUUAAUUUUCCUCUUGUAAAUUUCUCCACUAAAUAAAAAAAAUAUUCAAAACAUAUUUAAUUUUACUUUCAUUUAUAUAAUGUUUUAACUUCUAAUUUAGGCUUUUGGAAAACAAUUUAAAAAUAAAUAAAAUGCAUUAUUUGCAUUGGCAAUUUUACUAAUGCAUGUACCACGGGCCUUAAAAUCAGGGCAGCCACUUUCUGGAAAUUAUGAAAAUCAGCAAAUUUGUAGAAGAAUCACUAAACAUCAGGGAAAUUUUGGAGAGCGUUAUAAAACUAGGUAUUUGUUUAGUUUGUGUAGAUGUGUCUCAUUCUGAAAAUGUUUUUAGUAAGCGGAUUGGUGUUAGAAAAAUCAGUGUUUUAACAAGAGUUGUUCAAUGAAAUGUUGAAAUGCAACACAUAAUGUAAUUGAAUUUAAUGUACAUUAAAUAAAACCUGGCAUAGUCAUAUUAACUCUAGGAGGACAUCAAUUUUCCUUCUACUUAGUAGGGCAAACCAGUCUGUUUGAUGGGUAUGAAUUUUUGUAACAUAAUCAAUACAAUCAUUUGUAUUUUGACUCCAACUUCUGUAUUGUUAAGGAAUGUUGUGCUAAUAUUUUUUCUUACAUGUGUAACAAUGGAUUCCAAUAACAAUAGAUAGCAUAAAUAUUCAACAUAAAAGUUAGAUCCAAAAUGCAACUUCAAUGAUCAAGAAAUGAGAUUAUUAAGAUCCCAAAUUACUUCAGUUAUUUCUUCCGCUCC